ACACACUGUCUGGGACGCUGUGUACCAGUAAACAGAUUUUCGCCGGGACAAUAUUGUUUUGUUGGCUACGUAAUCGAUUUGCCCGCCAGUGAUCAAUCCCGGAUCGAUAAAAGCAGUCAGAUAGAAUAAACUCUGAGGCAAUAAUCGAUUCCAUAUUCAGUCGACAAUAGUCUGACACCUUUUUUCCUCAUUUAUACUAAGCUGACAGCUUGUCCCUGGUCUAAUUUUUUGGUUUAAAGAAUAGCGGCAAUAUUCGGAAUAACACGGGCGCAACACCAGUCCCGGUUUUUAAAAUAAUAAUCUCGUUUUAUGUUUGAUUCUGUAUGACGAGCGCCAUGAUGUGACGUUUUAUUUUAUUUUUACGAAUACCUUAAUUUGAGAAUUACAAUUGUAAACAUUUUAUUUUAUGUUAGUGGACUCCCUCUUGGCCACUGGGUGGCAGAAGUGUGUCGUUUUUACUACGAUGGAGUCUGGUGUAGGAAGUAUCGUCUGCUGAUUUAUUAUUUUUUGUUGGGCAGUUUUGCUGUGCAUUUAAAUCUUCUCAUUUUUAUUGCUGAAAACGACCCGACAACGGUUGCGACUUCUGUUUUAAAGAUAAAAACCCAUACAUUUGUAUUUACUGUACGACUCUAGCAUGUUUAGCAUGUGUUUCUCGUAAACUCUGUUUUAAAGAGAAACACGGUUACUUAAUAUCAGAAUCAGAAUUACUUUGAUUGAUUUCCGAAGUAAGUUCACGGGUAUAUACCUUGUGUAAGAAAUGUGUUUUAAAAAUAGAACAAAAGCACCAAGCGUAGCAGGUUACAAAAAUUACGCACUGUUUUUCAGAACAGUGGCAUUCUUGUUUUAUUUUAACUCUCAAACGCUCAACCUCCGUAGAGAUGUGACCAUACAUAAAAUACAACACUAUUUUAUUAUGGACAUAAAAGAAAUCGAUACAAAUGAGUAAUCGGGGCAAAUCAGUUGUUGGUAGGAAGAUAUUAAGUAAAAAAACGUGCUUUUGUAAAGGACCUUGUAAAAGUACAGUGGUUGUUAUCUUGAGGACACUGUGUAUUUGCCAUAUACUGUAAUUUAUUAUGAAUGGCUUUAACUCGCCUGCCCUGCACGUGGGUGUGGAGCAAAGUCAGCCAUUGGCUGGGAACAACAGCGUCCUGACGGAGCUCUCUUCUAAUUGGCUGAGCCGCCUAGGGCUGCUGUGGGCGUAUUUAUCGAAGGUGGAAGUGGGAUACUUUUGUGACAAUGUUCAUUGUGGAUAUUUUCGCCGUAGCAGCCGCCGUGGGUGUGAGUGCGCAGCGCGGAGCCUCUCGCCACUACUCCUGAAUUUGAGGCUUUGCUGCUCACGGAGCAACUGCUGUUUUCUUUUUCCUUCUUCAAAAGGGUACUUUGUUAUUUUUUACUAGACACAAUAAUUACUCUUGUGUUUUGUUUCUGAACGAUAAAUAAGCGCCCUUGGCAAUUAUAGAUAACAACAACAGCUCUUAGUCUCUGCCUGGUAUUUGCACAUCCCAUGUAGCAAUCAGGAGGAGUUUCGCCUGCGCAAGAAAAGGGGCAACAAAGAGAACAGAUCAAACGAAGAGAAAAGAAGGGCGAGCCAUAUGUAGUUUACAUUCCUGUGGGAUAUUUGAUAUCGACCGGAGAGGAGACGGACUGGGUUUUAUUCCCACCAUCCGAGAGAGAGAGAGAGAUAGAGAAAGAGAGAUAGCUCUCUGAAUGCUGCCUUUCAUUACAAAGCUGAACAAGGGACGGUAGCCGACGCGACGGGACCACCUUCCCCCAUUUUUUCCUCCAUAACCGCGGCUCUGCUCGUCUCGUCUGCCCUCUUCUGACCACAGGUUAUCGGAUGGACCAGCACCCGAACACCCGGAGCUGCACUAGUCGUGGUGCUCCGACCUGCGAGGCCGUCCCGACUGAGCCCUCCAUGAAUCUUUACAUCCACUCCACCACUGGCACACGCUUCGAGCUCUCCCUGCCCCUGGAGGAGACCGUGGAGGGCCUGAAGAAGAGGCUGUCGCAAAGACUCAAAGUACCAAAAGAGAGACUCGCGCUGCUGCACAAAGAAACGCGACUAAGUUCAGGAAAACUCCAGGAUUUUGGCAUCUCUGAUGGGAGCAAGUUAACACUUGUACCAACAGUUGAAGCAGGAUUAAUGUCUCAAGCAUCAAGACCAGAGCAGUCAGUAAUGCAGGCUUUGGAGAGCCUAACAGAAACUCAGGUCAGUGACUUCCUGUCCGGCCGUUCCCCCCUCACCCUGGCACUGCGUGUUGGCGAUCACAUGAUGUUCGUUCAGCUGCAAUUGGCGGCACAGCAGUCUGGGGGUCCUCAGCUCCAGCACAGACAUCUUAUAACCCGUGGCUCCUCGGACACCACAGCGGGACACCCUGCAGGACAGCCCCGUGUUCCCCACGCUCACCCACCCCUCCAUCACCACCCCCAUCAACCUCACAGUCAUCCCAGCCCCCACUUAACCCAUCCUCACAUGGCCCCCUCCACCCCUUCCUCAGGCACCCAUUCAUUCAACUUGCCCACCACUCACCACCAGCCACUCCCACCCAUGUACCACCAGUCACCCUCCCCUGCUCAUUGUAGCUCUCCUACUAUACCUCCUCCGCCCCAUUCCCCUCGCCCAUCACACAUCCCUGGAGGUGUUUUCCGCUCUCCGGCUCAUCACCACCACCACCAUCACCACUACCAUCAGCCUUCCUCAGGCCAACCCAGCCAUGACGUCGGCCAGUCCAGCCCUGUAGCCCCAGUCUUGUGCCCAGAGGCUAACUGCAGCACCAGUAGCCCUAAGAGUGGCACCAGUUCCUCAUCACGCUCCCGCAAACCUGGGGCCAUAAUUGAAAGCUUUGUCAACCAUGCUCCCGGAGUCUUCUCAGGGACCUUUUCAGGCACUUUGCACCCUAAUUGCCAAGACAGCAACGGACGUCCUAGGCGUGAUAUCAGUACCAUCCUGCAGAUCCUCAACGAUCUCCUGAGUGCAACACGGCAUUACCAGGGCAUGCCCCCCUCCCUUACCCAACUUCGAUACCAGACCCAGUGCGGUUCACCUACUUCUCCGUCCCCCUCCCCACCACCUUCACCUCCAGUUGCUGGUGUGACAGGUCUUUCUGCCAAAGCUACCUCUGUGCCUCCCAGCAGCCCCAGCAGCCCUCUGCCGACACUUCAUCCACUGGUGCAGUGCCAGAGCCAGAUCCGCAUGUGCAAGCCCCCUGGUGACCGUGUACGUCAGACUGAAAACCGUGAAACCCGCUGUAAGGUGGAACGUCUGCAGCUGUUGAUGCAGCAGAAGCGCCUGCGCAGGAAGGCUAGGAGGGACCAGCGUGCCCCGUACCAGUGGCUGCCCAAUCGCAAGGCUGGACGCAGCAACAGCAACAGCAGCAUGUCCAGUGAGGGCUCCCUGGACCUAGACUUUGAGGAUUCCGUGUGGAAACCGGACGUCAAGGCUGAUCUGAAGUCAGAGUUUGUCAUGGCCUAAACAGACUGAACCAGUGCGCUCCGGGAACAGAGUCAAAGAUGUGCAAAUAGUUACUUGGGAUUUACUCUGAGAAAGGCCUGGAUUAGCAGGUGGUGACAGCCAGGUGUGCGAUGUGCGAAGGAGGAAAUCAAAGUUGUUGGUGCGAUUGCUGUUUGUGGCAUAAAAAGGCUCCCCACUCCAAUCUUAUUCUGUUAUUGACACGUGACCUGGUGGAAACGGCAACAUCACAAACAGUACCUUCUUGCCAUGCUUGGAUUUGGACAGGCUUCAACUGGACUGAAUGAUGUGCGAGACUAUUUACAGUGGUAUGAUCACAGAGACCAUACCUCAACUUGAGCAUAGCAGAAUUCAGUGGUUGGUGGUGGUGAUUUAGUGUAUUUUUUCUUUUUUUAUAAAGAGCACUCUGGACAGCAAUGAAGCAAUCCACACUGGACUUAUUGACAGAACAGGAAGAACACCAGAGACCUCUGUGUUUCCUAAUUGUAAGAAAGGCAGAACUGCCAAACUAUGGAUUUUUCCAAUGGGCAUUUUAUUGUUCUCUAAACUCACCAACCAGAGUUCUUUUUUUUUGUUAUGGGGCGGUUAAACUUUUCUUUUCCAUACUGAUACAUACUAUGAUAUUUUAUAAACAAAAAUAUGUAGCAUUGUUCACAAAGCAUUCAGGUUUUCAUAUACCAGUGAAACGUUUUGUUGAUUUCUAAAGACUGGUCAAAGCAUGCAGGCGGUAGUAGGGGGCAGGGCCUGAUAUGAAAAAGGAAAAAAAAUAUGAAAAGUGUGGCUAUCAACCACCAUAACGUAGGCUAUUGAUAGGAAUGAUUAAAGAAUAAAUAAAUGAAUUAAAAUUAACAGAAAGUGCUUUAGAGGUUUUUAAAAUCCUAAAAAAUGUAUAUGGAAAAAAUCUAUUUUUAUUUCUCUUCCUAUCUGCUGUUUUUAAAAAACAGCAGCCCUCUGUGGCUUCAGUCAAGUCAUUGACUAGAAACAAAUACAUCCAUUCAAUCAUAAACUUGUCUAUUCAUGAAUAUAUAAUUGUGUAGACACACUAAAUGAAAAUAGCAAGACAAUUUUCAUCCAGUCCACCUCAUGUCUUACAGAUCUGAAUUGGCUUGUCGAGGGUUUGUAACAGCUUUUGUACAUAGAUGUCACAAUUGGCAGAGGUCUAAGGGUGCGUGUGUGUGUGUGUGCGUGCGUGUGCAUGUGGUGUGUUUGACUUUAAAUUGAUAUAAAUUCCCAUGUUUUUGUCACAGUUAUAUUCUCACAGUCAUCCCUGUAGUUUCUCCUUAAUUACAAAGUUCUACUGCAGUGUUUGGGCGGGGCACAAAAAAAAAAUCUUCAAAUCCUUCCCCAGUCCAGGUCAAUUUGAUGUUGACUCAUCUGUCCUACAUUUUCAAAACAAAAAAUAAAUUACCAACUAUUUUUAUUGGCAAAGAGGGAGAAGAUUUGUGAUCUGUGCCGAGCGUCUUGACCUAGUGCCUCCACCAGUUCAUCCAUUGACAUAUCAGGUUAGGCCUUUCAGAGUUUUGCUGCUACAUGUGGGGACUUAAAAAAAAAAAAACUAAACGAAAGCGGUAGGCGAAAAAAGGCUUUUCUUUGCAUGCAGAAGUGUGAAAUUACAAAGAAUUUUUUUUCUAUUAAUGAACAGAAGAAAAAAAAAUCUGGUGCCGUGGGAAUGAAGGUUAACAACAUGCAUGAAUUUGUGAAGAAAAUAAACAAUGCUGCUUUUGUCGGAUAGUUUUUUUUUUGUAACUUUUUCUUAUCAAUGUGAGAGCAACCGUGUCCUGCUAAAGUAUUAUGAUACAAAACCAAAACCGAUGAAGUCAAGUGUGGACUCAACUCUGUUUUUCUCGGCACUGAACAUUCCUGGUGUGUGACAAUGAAGAUGAGGAUGAGCAAAGAGUGAAUGACUCUAUCUCCCUCUCUCUUUCUCUACUCCUGAAUGCUGACUCUACCCCCUGUGACUCUAAAGGAAACAGGACCCUUAUGAACUGUUAUGCCACCUCCCCUCCUGGCAGCCAGACUGCCAACCAAGGCUGCUGUGGAUGUGUUUUUACAGGGAGCCAACAGGCCUGCAGAUUCACAGUACUGUCGGUGAAACUUAAUUGAGAGAAACAUGUAUUUGGCAUCUGUCUCUGUCAUCCGUCUGUCUGAUCCAGCGAUUACCCUACCACAAUUGCACUCAUAGAGAUUGCAGUGAGAGAUUACCUUUUUGGUGAACCUCAUCUUUUUUUUAAGUGGCCUUACCUUUCACUGAAAAAUGGGACAAUGGGGACAGGAAUGUUUGUGUGUUUUCUUUCAAUUUCUAUGUUUAUGGUUGUCAGACGUGUCAUCCGUCUUUGUCACAGGACAUGGGGCAUCUGUGGUUUAGUGCUUUUAGCUGGUGGAGUCUCUAUUAUGUCAAGGCUUCUGUGCCUUAAGUAUGUUGCCCUUGCUGUGUCAGUGUCAGAUUUUAGGCUUGUUUUCAUUACACAUCUGCUUUUUUUGUUUCUUUUCAGCCACAAGAGUCCUAGUUAUAGAGGUGAAAAUUGUUCAACUGACUCAGAUGCUUGUCAGUCAGUGUGGUUUCUCCAAUGCUGUCAUUGUUCCAUCUCUUCAUGGUGUGGCCACGUUCGAUGGUCUCAGUCGUUCAGAUCUUACAUCCCUCUCAACUCAGUCUCCCCACCAACAACCUGUGUAACUUUACCCAAGUACGUUAAAGGACAUUUCAUUAAUGGUGAAUCAGCAGAGUUAGAAAGGUCCGAAAGGACUCGAGACGACAUCAUUCGCUUGCAGAUUAAACUUUGAAUGACAGUAUUUCACAUGUCGCGCCCAAAUUUAAUUUUUUUUAUAUACGUAUGGAUUAUACUGUGUGUGCCUCACAUCUGUGUGAAACUCAAAAAGAUGAAACAAAACAAUAAGUUGACAGCAGCAUUAAAGAGAGGGUAAAAACAAUAUGUUGGUGGAAUUCUGGUCCUGUCAUUUAAGUUGCCUGUUAUUUCUUGUAGCCAACUAUUGAAAAUAACAGGAUUCAAGGAUACAAUUUACAAUGUUCUAGCUCUAGACCAGUGUAGCACAUGUGUGACUGUAUUAAUUUAUGAAACCAAAAUGGUAACUGUGAAUUAUGUAUUUCUUUGUGCAUUUUUUUAAGUGGGGAAGAUGGUUGUAGAGACACAGCAGCAGCUUGUGUCUGAAAAAAAUGUUUUUGGUGGAAUAUAAUGGAUACAACGAUAUGUUUCCAAAAAAGAGGAAAAAAAAGAAAAAAAGGAAAAAAAAGAAAAAUAUAUGAAUAUAUUUUUUUUCUUAAGCAAUACAUUUCAGUGUGACUUGUGAUAGAACGUUUUUCUUUUUUAGGUAAUAAAUAAAAAAACAAAAGAA